ACCGGAGCAGUUUUUGCCACCGACUGCUGCGACCCGACGGGCUUGCUGUUGCCGGGCAACAAUAAUUUCCGUCCCUGAGGUCAGGGGCCAAGGCCCCCUGGCGCAAAGCCUUCUGGGGCUUGUAGUUCCAGCUUUGGGGAGUGGGGCACAGAGCCACGGUCAGGCACCCUUUCCACCCGUCUGCCCUCGCCGACCGGCCGGUCUCUGGGGUCAGCGCCAGGUCCACAGGUCCGGCCCCUCGCUCCGCUCCCCGAAAGCAACCGUCGAGGAGUGUCCAGUGAUGGCAGACCAGUGCCUGGUACCACACUAUGAAGCUUGCCAGACCCUGGGUGAAGACAAGUGCCCAACAGUCCAAGUCUCAGAGCCAGAGCUCCAGGAGGAACGACUCAAGCUGAAGGAAGAGAGGCUCAAGCCAGAGGUGGAGUCACUAGAGGAGAGAGGCCCUCCCAGGCCUAUGGCCUCCAUUGUGAGGCCCAGUCCUGGUCCGAAGAGGAAGCCAGUCAACCUCCCAGGACCUAGCCACCAAGUCCAUCCCAAAGCUGAAGCUGAGAUGCCACAGGGGCUGCCACCGCAGAGGGAGGAGCCAGAGGGUAGCCAGACUGAGCCCUCACCAUCUGCCAAACAGCACAAAAAAGCCAAGAAGCGCAAGAGUCUGGGAGCUCCAGUGCUCCCAGCUGUGGCCAGCACAGUGUCUGCACCUCCAGAGACCUUGGGGCUGGAGCCCCCUGCCCUGCCCUGCCCGUUUGCAGGAAAGGCCCAGCGCCUGCGGCCCCUGUACCAGUACAUCAACUAUUGCAAUCCUGAGCUGAAUCAGGCAGGGGAGGGGGACAGGGAGGCUGAGGUGGACGUGGAGCCUGAGUUGGAGUUGGCCCUGGUCCCCGAGGAGGCAGGUGUGGAGCAACUGCAGGCUUUGCUGCCUGUGACAGUACAAGUGACUUUCCCGCCUCCACUGGAGUCUCCCCUUCUCCCAAGCCCAAACCAGAGCAGCAGCCUAGGCCUCAGGAGGAGGGGAAAAUUUGGCCCUUCUCCCUACUUGGGGCCUUGGACUUACUGAAAAUAAACAUUUUUCCUUUUCUCAGA